AUGGCAAAAAAGAAAAAAAAAGAAAAGAAAAAAAAAAGCUCCUUUGAAUGUCCUCCCCUUGGCGUGAAGAGACCCCCCCCCCCCCCGCAACCCCAUCCCCACCCCCCACCCCGGCGCUUCCGGACUGGUCUGUCUGCACCGCAGCGCGAAGCCGAGUUGGGAAUGUUUUGGAGACUGAAGGAAUCUCGCCCUCCUCUCUCUCUUCGCCCCCUUAGUGAUUUUAUUUUUUUGUCGUUUUGUGUUUCUUGGUCAGGAGAGGAGUUGUGGGGGCCGUCAAGGGGGAAGGGGGGCGGUGAAAAUCUGCAGCGCGCGCCCCUGGGGACUUUGUCCUUUGCGCCCCGUGCGCCCCUCUCCGCCUCCCCCACUUUUCCUGCAGAAGACGAGGCGCGGGGAGGCGAGCUUGACCGACGGCAGAUGUUGGGGGGCCCGCGCUGGGUCCAGAGCCCGGAGGACUGA